CUUCAAGUGACUCAUGAUUUCAAUUAUAUGGAAUAUCUUUUCAUUAAAAUUAAUGAAAUCUGUUAGUUAUAUUAAUUGGUUCAUCAAAAUAUUUGAUGGAUAGUUACUUAAGUUAUUCAUAAUAAAAUGUAACUUUUCAAUACAUAACAACAACUAAUUGUCAAGACAUUUAAAACUAAUUUGAAUGAGACAUUUUAAAGUAGCGAAGAUAAAAAACGUCUUAUUAGAAAUAAAACAUUCGAUUCGGUUUUGUAUUUUUUUAAUCUUUCAUUGAUGUUUCGGACUUUCAUUGAAUAGUCUUUUAACGGCAUAUGUACUUCCUUGUCAGAUUGUCUUAAUAUUGCUUUAAUUCACAAGUAGUUUAAGCAAAGAUGGAUAGUGGCUAGAAAUUGAAUCCAGGAUGUGCGUUUUGCCCGCUUAGCAGAUAACACGAUGGCGAUCGAAGUAAACGGUACUGAAAUCGAUUUCCAGAGUGAACACUAAAUCUAAGAUUCAGAAACAUCCAACCAACCAGUCCCAAAUAAGACGAUACGUGUGUUCUUGAUUUCUCUGCUAGAAACUAUCCAUCUUUGCCUAUAUAUUCUUAAGUUUUAUAAUUCACAUAUAAUUGAAAUUAUACCCCAAAAACUACACCGUAAUCUAAAUUGUUCUCUAACGUAAUUCUUGAUUCGAAGUAUACCACUGAAUUACUCAUAAAUGUUAACUAAAUAUAUCACAUGAAACAUAUGGUUUAAAAUACAUCCUUUCGGUAUGUUCUAAUUGUGGUUUUUCUUGUUUGUUUGUAGUAAGGUCUUAAGAUCAUGAAUUGAAGCCAUCGAAAGCCAAAUUAAUGUUUUGUGAAAAUGGAGUUAUAUUAAUAUCACAAGAUUUAAAAGCAACAGACUAUGUCUUCUUAAUACUUACAUGUUCCUAUCGUUUUGGUCGUGAUGAUUUAGAUGUAUUAGGAUUAACAUUUCAAAAAGAAUUAUUACUCUAUACAAAAUGUUUAUGGCCUAAUCGAUCGAUUAUUGAUAAUCAAUUACCUAUGAAUAAUAUAAAAAAUCAAAAAACAUGGAAAAAUAAAUUUAAAAAAAAAUCUAAAAGAAAAAUUGAAUCGAUUGAAGAAGUUUCUUCAAUUGUAUUAAGUGAUGAUUCUUAUGGGAUAUUUAGUCAAACAUUAACAAUAAAUGAUUUAACACCAUUUCAAUUAAAAAUGAUUAAUAAAAAUAAUCAACAAACUAUACCAUUUCGUAUAAUUUUACCCCCAUCUAUAUCUCCUUCAUCAGUUGCUAUCCAAACAACCCAAGGAAGUAAUAAUAAACCUUAUGGUAUUAAUUAUGAAUUGACUGCAUUUAUUGGUCAACGAAUUGAUGACAAUCAACCAGCAAGUUCAACAGUAACAAUUGUUUUAAGAAAAUUAACUGCUGGACCAAAGAUAACUCAAAGACCUUUACAACCUAUUGUUGAAUCCAUUAAAAAAACUAUCAAUUUACCAUGUUAUUAUGGUGAAUUAUUUAUCAAAGCAUCUAUUGAAAAACCGUUAUAUUAUCAUGAUGAAUCUGUAUGUGUAUCAAUAGUAUUGGACAAUUUAUGUCAAUUACCUGUUAGGAAACUACAAGUAGCAAUUGUACAAAUUGCUGAAGUUUUUGUCUUGACCAAAGGAACGUAUCGAUUAACAGUAGAUAAACAUUUCUGCAAAGUAAAUCUUCCUCAAGCUGGUGAAGAACAAUGGAAAUAUACAACAAUAUUAAAUACUAAUUUAACAGAUAACAUAUUAAAACAUGGUGUUGCAUUAGAUGGUUAUAUAAGACAAGAGAAAAAUUGGUUAGCUUCAUCAACAGUAUUAAAUUUAUCUGAAAAUUUUAAAGAAUGUUUAGAAAUGAUGCAAAAUAUUAAUAAAAAUGUAAAUAACUCUACAGAUUUGGUGAUAAAAGCUAAUAAAGAACUACAUGGAAUUGUAAUUUCAUAUUGUGUUCGUGUUAGAUGCUGGAUUGGAAUCAGUCGAUGUUCAUUGUACAUUCCAUUUUUGUUGAUGCAACCAGAGAAAGAAUCUGAAGCAGGAGAAGUAGAUAAUCAUGUAAAUUGUACAAAUAAUCAUACUCUACAUGUGGAUAUCGUUCAAAUUCAUCCUUCAGAUUUGAAAGUGACUAAUGAUGAAUUAGUGGAAAUAUCAAAUGAUAAUAAGAGUACAGUGUAAAAUGAAUAUUGAAUAAGUAAAUUAUGAUUACAUCAUCAAUAUUAUAAUAAUUUAUUUACCUAUGUAUUUAUUAACCCUUAUUUAUGACAUUUCAUCUCAAUACAAUGUUUCUAGACAGUUUA